UUGCUUACUCAAGUUGAUUAGAACAGGGUGUGCACCAGGGUGCUUCUGAACCGUCGUCACCAUUGCUGCUGAUGCCUCACCCGCCGGUACCGCCGCUCCCAACACAGAUCUACGAGCGGCCGGUGUCGGUGGCGUCCGGUGCGUCGGGAGACGUCUUCGACCUCGACUCCUUCCCGUCCGUGCCCGGCGGCGCAGCUGCUACGCGGCCGCAUAGCAUGCUGUAUCCCAACACCGCUGAGUCCGCGAGCCAGCAACAGGGGCACGGCCAGGCACGUCCACACACUAUGUAUGCCCCUGCCAGGAAACAAUAAUGCGUAACACAUUGGAUGGAUCUCUUUUCUCGUCAUUGCUCUCGUUUACAGGUGCUGGUGGUGAACCUGGAUUUUCUCUUGGUUGCUCAUCUUUUUCGCUCGUUCAUUCUAUCUACACGCGCAAUUUAGGCCUACUCAAUCUCUCAUCCUGUCUUUUAUUCUAUAUCGGCCGCUCUCCUGCUCUCAUCUCGGAAUCAUACUGCUCUCACUGUAAUACAUCUCUGCUUUAGGCUCAGCUGGAUGUGUAGUGCCUCUCAUUUCAAUGCUCCCAUUCAGACGGCUACAUGGCGGAUAAGUAGCUCGGUGGUUGUUGACAAAUCAUGAACAUGAUAAGGUCCGGUUGACUACGGUUAUAUUACGUAAAAUAAGCUCGUAUGUGACGGAGUGUGACAAGCGUGU